UGCCCUAACGUUUUGGAUAUAGUUCAGCUCUGGUCCCAUUCAAUCCUGGCAGCGAAACAAAACCCGACAAAUUGAUAAAAAUUUACGGUUAAUCGUUAAUAAUUUCGGGUAACAAAUCAAAACAAUUUGUAACAACGAAUUUUACGUAACUGCAAAGGCUGCAUCACACCUGCAUUUAGUACAGCCAACCAAAUUUAAUCGGGUUAAUUAGAAAUGGCACGUGGACACCAGAAGAUCCAGUCGCAGGCGAAGGCCUCCGAGAAGCAGGCCAAACUGAAGAAGCAACAAGGACACAGCGCCAACGAUCAGAAGAAGGCGGCCCAGAAGGCACUUGUCUAUGUGUGCGCCGUUUGCAAGUCGCAAAUGCCCGAUCCCAAGACGUACAAGCAGCAUUUCGAGAACAAGCAUCCCAAGAACGACAUGCCCGAGGAGCUGAAGGAGGUCUGAUGACCGAUGUGGCCGGGUGCAUAUAUAAAUAUAUCAAGCUGAUCGAAAUCGACGAAUUUCCUACCAGUACGAAACUUUUGCAACAAUAACUUUACAACAGCCCCGACAAGACAUCAACAUAUAAGCCGAUGAAAGGAGGGGGCGCAUAAAGUUAGAACAUAGUUUCCAAAGCUAAGGGCCCAGCUGAAUUUUUUAUAUACACACUGCUGACUUUUGGUUUAUACUUUGAAAAUAACACAUAUGGCUAACACAACAAUACAAAGCAAAUUUCCACAUAGUAAAAUAAA